GUGGGACGUGCUCUGCGGAAUGCUUCUCCGCGAGCUACUUUGAUGGCUGCCAGUUGGAUGGCUUUGAAAGGAGAUCGGAACAAUUCCUGGAGGACAAGGUUAUCUGUGGCUGCUAGAUGGCGAGCCUGCUGCAUUCCUGCCUGGCCCGGGGGGCCCCAUUGGCUGAGAAAGGGGGCAUUUUGCAAAGCGGAUGUUACCUGAGUGCCACUUCGGGGACAUUUUUGCUGUAAACUCAGAGAGGGUGCCGAGGCUGGCCACGGUGGAGCUCCGUCUUCAGAGGGAGGGUGCCACUCGGGACAGGGUCCCGCCCUGCCUGCAGGCCAUUCUUCAGGGUCUUCUGGGGGCACCAGGUGCAGAAGCCAGCAUGAGCAGGGCCCAGGCGCGUCCCGGAGGCUCCCUGAAGCGAGUCUGAGGCACUCAGGCCUGUAACAGGGACAGAGGACAACAUUCUUGGCCUCGUUGACAGGUCUGCGUAGCACUCCUGUUAGCAUCUAAAGGAUUCAAUGGUGAAGUUACGAAGGUAUGAAACGUGUCCCUGAGGACUGGAAAAUGGCCGGGGCAGCCCAAGGGAUCCAGCUGGGAUCUGAGGAAUUGCAGCCAGUUACCAGUUCUGGGGAACUUGAAUGUAAGAAUAUUGACAGAAAGCACCCAAGGAAAGCCCUGCUGGAACCGACCGUCCAGUCCAGCGCUCCGUACACCUGGGGGCAAGCCAGCUGCCCACGGGAACCCCCCAGCAGGAUGGGUGCAAGGCCUUCAGCUGCUCAGCACCUGGUGCAUGCAGCCGUGCCGCCUCUGGUGAGGGCGGUAGCACAUAGCCAGCAUGGCCGGUGGCCACCGGUAGCCUCCUCCGCAGCCCCCUUUUAAAGCCCCCCGCUUUGGCGGCCAUCACCAGCUACAGCAGAGGCCAGUUCCACGUGUGUGAAGGACCGCCUUGCAUCUGUCCUAAGCCGAAGCCUCAUGGGACGAGCCCUUUGGGCUCGAUGUUAUGAGAGAGGGAGGAAGAUGCGUUGCUGCACACCGUGCGUUAUUUUAAGCAUCUCAGUCGUGCUUCCCCUUCCCCACCUUUUUCCAAGCUGAGCUCAAGGGAGCUGCUGCAGCCCCUCGGCCAUUUUGAUGGCCGCCUCUGCUCCGCUGCCUCGCCAGGCAUAUCGUUUUCCUGGUAAGGUGACCGGAGCAGUGGCAGUGCUCUCACUGUGGCCGCUCCAAGGCUUGCAUGAAGGGAGGACGUCCUUGGCAGUCCUGUUUCCUGUCCUGCUCGUGCUUAGCACGGCUUUUGCCGUUUUCUACACUGGGUGCACAUUUCCCUUGAGCUCCCCCCGCCCCGUCACUGCUGGCUCAGCUUCCGUCCGCUCGUACGUGAAGGUGGGCCGUUCACGGUGGGCCGAACCUGCCCUACUGCACUCGCCCAACUUGAACUGCAUUUGCCAUUCUGCCAGCCUGGAGAGAUGCCUUUGGAGCCCCCAGAAUCCUUUUCUGUUUUAGCCAAGUGAAGGAACUGGGUGUCAUCAGCCGGCGUGGCCCCUUCCCUGCUCAACUCCCCAUUCCAAAUAAUUCUUGAAGAGACUGGGAAGCAUUUCUCCCACUACAGCACCUGCAAAACCAGCUGGUUGCAACCUGCCACUGAGACUCUCCGUCUUUUGCUCUCCAACCUGCUCCUGAUCCAUAGGAGGACCCCCCCCAACACGCUUUACUCCAUGGCUGCGUUAGAGUCUUUGGUGAGGGGCUUUGUCGAAAACCUUUGGGAAGUCCACGUAAACAGUCUGCCAAGCCACUCUUCCCAUCAGCUCAUUUAUACUCUGAAAAGACCCUGAUGGUGAAAUGCUCGCCUGGGCGAGUGCUCAGAUCCACUGCCAGUUCCAUGCCAGCGAGAGCCGUGUGGCCCUGCCCCCCCCGGAGGACAGCCGGCACGACGUCCAGGCCGAGAACGAGACCGUCUUCGUCCCCAACAGAGGCGAGCGGGGCCAGUGCGUCCUGUCCACGCCCCCGAAGAUCCUGUUCUGCGACCUGCGUCUGGAUCCUGGCGAGUCCCGAACCUACUCCUACUGCGAGGUGCUGCCGGUGGACGGGCCGCCCUCCUUCCGCGGGCAGGCGGUCAAGUACGUGUACAAGCUGACCAUCGGCUGCCAGCGGGUGAACUCGCCCAUCAAGCUGCUGCGGGUGCCCUUCCGCGUGCUGGUGCUGCACGGCCUGAAGGACUACCAGCUGCCCCAGGACGAAGCUGUGGCUCCCUCGAACCCCUUCCUGGAGGAGGAGGAGGGCGGCUGCCUGAAGAAGGACUCCCGGCUGGCGGACCUGGCCACGGAGCUGCUGAUGGCGGCCACGUCCCGACGGAGUCUGCACUUGUACAAUAUCAGCAACUCCCGCGGCAAGGUUGGCACCUUUUGCAUCUUCAAGGCAGUCUACAAGCUGGGCGAGGAUGUCGUGGGGACGUUCAACUUCUCCGAGGGAGACAUCCCGUGCCUGCAGUACCUGGUGAGCCUUCAGACGGAGGAGCGCGUCCAGGAGGCGUUCCAGCGCCGGCGUGGGCAGCUGGCCACCUACAGCACGCAUGCGCGGCACCAGGAGGCCUGCCUGCACACCGCCCAGUCCAGCUUCAGCCUGCCCAUCCCGCUGGGUUCCACCCCGGGGUUCAGCACCAGCAUCGUGUCCCUGAGGUGGCGGCUGCACUUUGAGUUCGUGACCUCCCGAGAUGCAGCGGAGAUGCAGGUGGCCUCCGAGGGCGCGUCAGAAGCCGCCAUCUGGACCGGGCGUGAGCAGAUGGCCGUGGACACCUUCAGCUGGGACCUGCCGCUCAAGGUGCUGCCCGCCAGCCCCCUCCUGGCCGCCUCGGCCUCCCGCUUUCCCGGCUCCAACUCGCUCGCCAUCUGAGUGCGACGGGCCCGCUGCUCUGGACGCUCCGCGUGGGGCCUGCACGAUCUUCGGAGCGUGUGGCGGGGCGCUCCCGGACAUGGCGUGCUGCAGGGGGGCAGUGGGCUGCCCUGAGACCCCUCCUGCCUGCAUCUCCACGGGGGGAGCUCAGCGUGCCUCAGCAGCCAUCCCUGGGGCGGGGGGCCCGUCUCCCACCCCGUCCAGCAUGUCCACCUCUGCCUUGGAGAGCCCCCCGUAGCCUCGCCGGCCCCCAGCCGUGCCUCCAGGGCUUCCGCGCAGAGGGCAGAGAGGGGGCCCCGUCCCGGGGAGCUGGGGUGCGCCUGCCCUGGGGCUGGAGGACUCCGAGGUGGGCUUUGGGCUGCCCUCCCCCGCCCCCCACCCUGCAUUUUGUGUCUGUCAAUAAAAGCAGGGCACCGGCGCUCGUGUGCUCCUUCAUGGGCCUCGGGGGGAUCUGCGGUCCCGGGAGGGGGAAGGGGGCCCUCCCGUGUCGGGGCUGCUGCAGCCGGGGCUCAGCAGGGCUUUCCCUGCCCCCUCCCAGCAGGGCCCCCCCACAGUCCAUGUGCUCCUCAGGCCCUGAUGCCCAGCUUCAGCUGCAUUGCAGGGCAGCCAUGGCAUCUGGAGGGGCCGCGGCCCCCGGGGGCGCUCGUUGUCUGUCCCAGCCCUGCGCGCUUGUCGGCCCGUGGGCUGGGGCUGCCCGCACCGGCUGCAUGCGGUCUGCUCCCCAAAGCCCGGAAGCCAGAGGACCCCAAGGAGGAAGAGGCGGGAGGCUGCGGAGGAGACACGCGCUGCUCCAGGGGAAGUCAAGUGCCAGCCUGAGAGCGGGCUGGUGCGACUUGGUGUCCUGUCCCGGCAGGCAGGGGCUGGACCCAAAGGCCCUCACGGUCCCUUCCAGCUCGCCUGAUUCAGUGAUCCUACGAGCACAUGCCGGAGGCGGAAACAGCUAGGCCCCAAGUGAGCAGCAGGGAACUGGGGGGUGGCGGCAGCCUCGCUAAAGUGGGGGUGCUGCCUCCAGACUCACCCAGAACAAGAGCCGUGUGGAAGAGGAAGGUGUGCAGGGGGGUGGCAGAGUAACGAACGUCCCCAUCUUCAAGGGGGGGGGGUGAACCUGGGAACAACGGACCAGCUAGUCUGACAUCGAUCCCUGGAAGAAUUCUGCAGCAAAUUACUAAAAAAUCAUUCUGCAAGCACCUCAAAAACUGCAGUGAUGAAUAAAAGCCAACUUGGAUUUAUCAAAAAUAAA